AGCGAUAAGAGCACAAGCGAACCGGUUUGCUUACUCUCACCGCUUGCUAUUAGCGUUGUAAGACAGGCGGCGUAUCAUGCUCCUGUGUACAAAGCUGUUGAUGACAGGUCUCACGAGGGCUCUACAGCUCGCGACCCUGAUUGAAAUAAGCGCUGAGGAAAUGCAGUCCCUGGCAUUAUGCAGUGCAAGGUCGCAAGGCUCACUGCCGCUGCGGGGGAGAUGGCACCAUUCCCUUUCAUUAAAGGUGCAGCUCAGUGCGUAGUAGUAGUGCUAGAGAUUAUCGAUCAAGCGGCCAAGAACAAGGACGAUCUACAGGAGUUAGCAGAGAGUAUUGUGAAUACGUUGGUCGCAGUGAGGGACACUGUUAUCGAACACGGACCAACUAGCUCCUUGCGUUUUCAAAACAUCUGUCUGGAAUUUCAGACGUAUAUGAGUGACUUAUUGUCGCAGUUAAAUAGCGAUCGUAGGUCUUGCGCUGGGAUUCGGCGACUAUUGAAGCCCAAGAAAAUUGCUGAUGAAAUUGGUACCUACCGACAACGAGUAGAUGCAGUGAAGGAAGAGUUUCUGAUACGCGUAGCUACCAGCACACGACUGGGUCUCUCAGACGUCCAAGAUCAGGUUGAUACUGGUAUCAUGGCUGUAACCCGUGCUAUAGAAGAGUCACAGAAGUACGUCACAGCUGCCAUUAACAACCGAUCGGACAUCGUGCACGAGGAGAUACAUACCUGGGGAGUUUCACAAAGCGAGAAAGUGGACAGGCUUUUCGCCGCAGUCCAGGCUUCGAAGGAGCAGCAUAAUUAUAAGGGAGUUGUCCGAGAGAUCCUUUGGGGCGACAUCAAUCUCAAGGAAUGUACCGAAAUAUCGAAAGGUCAAUCUGUUCAGGAUUUUGAUUUUGAUGAAUAUGAUGCCAGCAUUGAAAACCACGACUAUCCCAAGAUUGUUCGUGUCUAUCGAGUCCAAGCCGGUCAGGAAGAACGAUUGAUGCGAAGAUUCUACGGAGACGUGGACCGAAGACUUUAUCUGAGACACCCUAAUUUUGUACAGCUUUUCGGGGUAUGCACAACACCGAGCUGUCCGGCUCUCAUCUUUCAUGGUAGCACCGCUAAGCGACAACGAGUAUUUGACUAUUAUUGCGACUUGUCGACUGCGAAAGAGUCCCUUCUAUUUAGUAUUCAAAUUGUAAGCAUAGGCGUUAGACGAAGUAAUAAAGCUGUAUUGAAUGGUUUUAAAGUCAGUAGCGGAUUAUCUAGGCCGACAGGAAUGGGUCCAAAAAAUGGAUAAGACAUUCGCCGAAGAAUAUGAGGAUGUUUUCCUCAACGAAGAACAUCGGGUUAUCUUUACGGAUUUCACUUUUGGCGCAUACUUGGCAUGGUCUCUUUGCUUGCGUCUAUAUCCAAAGUGUCCUGUUGUGCUCAUGCGUGACGACGAUGAUCCCGACCGGUGGGUCCUGGACUGUCAGCAUCUCCCACCCCGAUUGAGGUCCUUGCUUGCACGCCCUGCGAAUUUGCACAAGCAGCAUCUCUGGGAGAUAUACGAAUGCCUCUAUUGGUUCUUGGGACACAGUAUGCAGUUUGAAGUGCGCUAUCCCAGGCCUUG